AUGCUUCUUCAACCUUCUCCCUCCAGGCACAUCGACGGUUUCCGGCACGUCGAGCCCAAGAUCCUCUCUUCGGCGCCGUCCACCUCGGUGGCUCCAGCCGCACUCGAGAAGAAUGUCGCCUUCUCGUCCAAGAGCCAGCCGACCUACUUUGAGCGUCGCUCCAUCCGCACCGUGAUCAUGCGCGCCGGCACCUCCAAGGGCCUCUUCAUCAAGGCGAGCGAGCUGCCUGCCUCGCGCGCAGCCUGGCAGCACAUUCUCCCCGCCGUCAUGGGCUCGCCCGAUCCGUUCGGCCGCCAGCUCAACGGCCUCGGCGGCGGCUCGUCCACCACCUCCAAGAUCGCCGUCGUCUCCCGAAGCGCCGCUCCCGAGGUGGCUGACGUCGACUAUCUCUUCGUCCAGUGCCCCAUCGAGGGCGAUACGCUCGACUUUACCGGCAACUGCGGCAACAUCCUCUCCGGCGUCGCCCCCUUUGCUGUCGAGGAGGGUCUCAUCCCAGCCAGCGUCCUUGCUCCUCUGCGCGCCUUUGCUCAGGCUCAGGGCGCCUCUCGCGAAGAAAAGGUGGCGCUCACUCUGCGCUGCCUCAACAACGGCCAGCUCAUCCGCUCCACCUUUGCCAUGCGCGCGGGUAAGCCAGUUGAGUUCGGCGACGUAGUCAUUGAUGGCGUUGCCGGCACCGGCUCGCCCAUCCAGCUCGACUUCCUCGACCCGGCUGGCAGCAUGUGCAAGUCGCUCUGCCCCACGAGCAACCCAGUGGACCAGCUUCACGUCGAGGGCGAAGAUCUGCCCAUCGAGGUGUCGUGCGUGGACGCAGCCAACCCUUUCGUCUUUGUGCACAUCAGCGACAUUGACGAAUCGCUCCGCGGCGAUGAGCCCGCAGAUGUGCUCCACCAGCACUCGCCCCGCAUCGAACGCAUCCGUCAGGCCGCCGCCGUGCUCAUGGGUCUUGCACCCGACACGGCCACCGCCGCGCGCACAAAGGGCACCCCCAAGAUCUGCCUAGUGGCCGACCCUCUUGCCGGGUCCGAUGCUCAUCUCCACUCGCGCUCCUACUCCAUGGGCCGUCCUCACCCUGCCCUCCAGCUCUCGGGCGGCGUGUGUCUCGCUGCAGCCUGCUCCAUCCCGGGCUCCAUCCCCAACCGCAUCCUCCUCAAGAACACCAGGAUGAUGCCCCAGAAGCUCAAGUUCUCGCACGCCUGCGGCGCCAUCGAGGCCACAGCCGACGUCGAAAUCGACCCGAGCAGCCCCGUGGGCGUCCACGUCAGGAGCACCUCGCUAUUCCGCACCGCCCGCAGACUCGCCUCCGCAGAGGCAUACUAUCUCGCCCCAACCCAGUAG